AUGGUGAAGCUGUCAGGGUUUGCUGAAGUGUCAGAUGGGGGUUUGCGGAAAAGAAAGCUUGACCCCAAGAAUUUUAUCCCCGUACCCUACUUGGACGUGUUCCUCAUGGUGUGUGCGGGUCAUGCAUCCCUACUUCCAAACCCAGGUCGUCUUGAAACACGUAAAAGCAUGCCGGAGUAUUCUCUGAUCACUGCUGGAGCCUUCUUCCUGUUUGAAUAUGGCAAACCAAAGACUUCAGAAAAUAGUCCAGUUAAACAGAAAGGAGUCCUGGUCGAUGGUGAUAAGAGUUUUAAUCCAGUCGAGCCAUCAAACUUUGUCCUGGGGAAUCUUCAGGAUUACAAAAUCCAUCCAAAUUUGGCCAAGUACUAUGAGCCUUUGAAGCCCACUACACAACAGAAAUUCCUGAAUCAGAGCAGGAAAACCAGAAACUUCAUGUUAAAAGUAACAGAGUACGAUCAAGAUAUGACCUUACUGAUUAUGACCAACAACCCACCUCCCUGCCUGACCAAUCAGCAGGAGAAGGACAGCACAUCAAAGUACUUUUCCAAGGAGCUGCUGCGUGAGGUAGGGGAAAGUCAGCCUCAGCCCAGGCCCACUGAAAACCUGGGCCUUCCCCUGAUGCCGCAGAAAAAAAAGUUAAGAUCUGGGCUGAAACCAGUCUUCCCUGUGAAGCAUUUGGACGAUCCCACAGCCAGGCGGGAACAGUGGUUCAGGUUUUCUACUGAUGAUGACUUCAAGUGUGAAGGGAAGUACUCCAAGAUUUAUGCUUUGAGGAGACAGAAGAAAAUGUACCCUCAGCUCAAUUUUGCUCCAGUCUAUGAAAGAGAAGCGAGGAGAGAUGCUUGCAAGAGCGACAGGCCGCCUUCCAGGGUGACGUGGGAACCGCUCACCCUCGCCUCGCUGCUGGAAGACACAUGCACCAGGGCCGCGACCGGGCCAAGCACCUUCCGCCGAGGCAGGGCCCAGCAGUGGGUCGUCGAAAACGUCUCUGCCAUUAAGUGA